AUGAUGCAAACGGUUGCCAAGAGAUCGUUGGCGCUGGCUUCCAUCUGGGCAAUCGCCUGUGUUUCGGCCUUGGUCCCUCAAUCGCCCGUCGAACAGACGAGACUAGCGGUGCGGAGUCUCAAAAAGGCCAUUGACGAUUGUAACGAGCAGGGAAAGGCCAAGCGGUUCUAUGUAGACUACCUCAUCCCAUUGCCUCCCGAGACCCAAGCCGAAGAUAUCGAUCCGUGGCCUGGUGGCUUGGCCCAAAUGUACCCCUACGCAGAAACCAUUCUCAAGGAAGUGUUGGGGGGUAUUGUUGGCGACGAGGCGGGCAGCUGCUCUUCUCAAGUCAUCUCCCAGUCGGAUUGUUGUGGUUUCUUUGUUCAAGAAUCCACCGUGUCUCCCAAGAAUGACAUUGGUGCUAUUCUCUUUCCAGGAGUGGAUCAACUCGAUAAGAUGCAAGAGAUUGAUGCCAUGGUGGGAAAAGAUCGAACUCUUAUCCUCUUCAAUCGACAGUUUCAGCGACCCGUGGAUUUUGGGUUUGUGGGAAAAGGCAGGGCACAGACGGAAAUCUUUGACAAGUAUAGUUGGGGAUUUGCAUUCCAAGAAAUAGCAUGUCGCGGGGAGGAUGUCAAGUUGACUUUUGAAUACCCCCUGUGGGAAUCCUGCGUUAUUUGCGAUGAAGAUCUGGAGCUGGGGCCACAACAAGUGGACUUGCUCGCUGCAUCCAAGGAACGACCUGUCUACGAAGAUCUCAAAAAGGAAAUCAACAUCAAGUUGCCAGAACCGCUGUGGAUGCGAAAGAUGGGAGAAGUGGAACGCAAAGGUUUCAAAUUUCAGAGGGGCGACAAUCAAUGA